CCAGCGCACUUGCGAGCGGGCGGCCGGCCUGCCUGCCAGCUAGUCAGCCGCGGGCGAACGCGGCGAGCUGGGGUCCGAGCUAGGAGCACGGCGCGAACGGCGGCGUGUUCCUCUGCUCCGCCGCGGCCGCCCUUGGCGGCCUGAGCACCGGCUUCCUUCCCUCCCCUCCCCUGCGCUCCCGCCUGGGGUCUCGGGGCGGGGAGCGGAGGGAAGGGACAGAGGAGGAGGUGAAAGAGGGGUGAGGGGCGGAGGGGUCCCGGUGCGGGGCGAGGCGUGCGCUGCCUCGCUUUCUAGCGUGCUCUCUCUCCGGCCGGGUGCUGCGGCCCCGGGGCGCGCCGGGCUCCGGCCGCCCGCACUAUGCAGGCGGACUGCUGGUCGCCGCGAUGGCGAGUUGGGCGGUGCUGAGAGCCAGGCGCAGCUCGCAGUGUCCUCGAGUCCGGGCCGCAGUCGCUGCCCCCGCCCUGGCCGCGCUCCCCUUCUCCCGCUCCCUCCCUCCCGGCUCCAACUCCUCCUCCAUGCCUCUGUUCCUCCUGCUCCUACUUAUCUUGCUCCUGCUGCUCGAGGACGCCGGGGCCCAGCAAGGUGAUGGAUGUGGACACACUGUACUAGGCCCUGAAAGUGGAACUUUUGCAUCCAUAAACUAUCCGAAGACCUGUCCCAACAGCACUGUUUGCAAAUGGGAGAUCCGUGUCAAGAUGGGAGAACGAAUUCGCAUCAAAUUGGGUGACGUUGACAUUCAAGAUACUGAUUCUUGUCACUUUAGUUACUUGAAAAUUUAUAAUGGAAUUGGACUCAGCAGAACAGAAAUAGAUCUAAUUACUUGUUUAGAUACUGUAUCCAACUUUUUGGAACCUGAAUUCAGUAAGUACUGCCCACCUGGUUGUCUCCUUCCUUUUGCUGAGAUAUCUGGAACAGUUCCUCAUGGAUAUAGAGAUUCCUCACCAUUAUGCGUGGCUGGUAUACAUGCAGGAGUAGUGUCGGAUGUGUUGGGUGGCCAAAUCAGUGUUGUAAUUAGUAAAGGCAUCCCAUACUAUGAAAGUUCUUUGGCCAACAACGUCACAUCUGUGGUGGGACACUUAUCUACAAGUCUUUUUACAUUUAAGACAAGUGGUUGUUAUGGAACAUUGGGAAUGGAAUCUGGUGUGAUUGCUGACCCUCAAAUAACAGCAUCAUCAGUACUGGAGUGGACUGACCACACAGGGCAGAAGAACAGUUGGAAACCUGAAAAGUCCAGACUGAAAAAACCUGGACCUCCUUGGGCUUCAUUGGCCACUGAUAAAAAUCAGUGGUUACAAAUAGAUCUGAAUAAGGAAAAGAAAAUAACAGGCAUUAUCACCACUGGAUCUACCAUGGUAGAGCACAAUUAUUACGUAUCUGCUUACAGAAUUCAGUAUAGUGAUGAUGGGCGGAAUUGGACUGCAUACAGUGAGAGGAGGACAGAGCCGUACAAGAUAUUUCAAGGAAACAAAGAUUAUCACCAGGAUGUGCGUAACAACUUUUUGCCACCAAUUAUUGCACGUUUUAUUAGAGUGAUCCCUAUGCAAUGGCAGCAGAAAAUUGCCAUGAAAGUGGAACUGCUCGGAUGUCAGUUUAUUCCUAAAGGUCGUCCUCCAAAACCUACUCAACCUCCACCUCCUCAGAAGAACAGUGACCGCAAAAAUACCACAGUCCCUCCCAAAGUAGCCAAAGGUCAUGCCCCAAAAUUUACUCAGCCAUUACAACCGCGCAGUAGUAAUGAAUUUCCUGCACAGACAGACCAAACAACUGUCACUCCUGAUAUCAAAAAUACGACCAUAACUCCAAAUGUAACCAAAGAUGUAGCAUUGGCUGCUGUUCUUGUCCCUGUGCUAGUCAUGGUCCUCACUACUCUUAUCCUAAUAUUAGUAUGUGCUUGGCAUUGGAGAAACAGAAAGAAAAAAACUGAAGGCACUUAUGACUUACCUACCUGGGACCGGGCAGGUUGGUGGAAAGGAAUGAAGCAGUUUCUCCCUGCCAAAUCAGUGGAACACGAGGAAACCCCAGUUCGCUACAGCAGUAGUGAAGUUAAUCAUUUAAAUCCGAGAGAAGUCACCACAAUGCUACAGACUGACUCUGCAGAGUAUGCACAACCACUUGUGGGAGGAAUUGUGGGUACACUUCAUCAGAGAUCUACCUUUAAACCAGAAGAAGGAAAAGAAGCAGGUUAUGCAGACCUAGAUCUUUACAACUCUCCAGUGCAGGAAGUUUAUCAUGCUUAUGCUGAACCACUCCCAAUCACUGGGCCUGAAUAUGCAACCCCAAUUGUCAUGGACAUGUCAGGACACCCCACAGCCUCAGUUGGUCUGCCCUCUACAUCCACUUUCAAAGCUACAGGGAACCAGCAUCCCCCUUUAGUGGGAACUUACAAUACACUUCUCUCCAGGACUGACAGCUGCUCCUCAGCCCAGGCCCAGUAUGAUACCCCUAAAGGUGGGAAGCCAGCUGCCCCAGAAGAAUUGGUGUACCAGGUGCCACAGAGCACACAGGAAGUAUCAGAAGCAAGAGGGGAUGGGGAGUAUGAUGUUUUUAAAGAAAUCCUUUGAAGAUGAUGCUGCUUUUUACAAAGCAUCAAUUUAAAGCACAUGGCCUUUUAAAAAAAUUAUUAGUGGUAGUAAUAUGUAGAAUAUAUUACAUAUCUGUCACUGAAGUGAUUGAGAAAAUGUGGCCAAAAUACAGAAAACUACUUAUCUUGCCAUCUUGCUUUAAAGGUGUUACUGUUGCACAGUUACUGCUUGCCUGUUAAAUUUUCAACAACUUGUUUAUUACUACUGUAAAACACUAUUUUUAAUACAGAAAAAGAUCCCUAUAAUGCACUUCAAAGAAACUGAAAAUCACUGAGUAUUUAUUACCAAUGCUGCAGGUACAUUAAUGAACUCAAAUUGGUUCUGUAAGCCUGAUGGGCAAUAAUGCAUGGUACUGUUCUUGAAAUAUCUAAUGGCUUGAAAUUUUCCUUUUGUGAAAGGUGGGUACUAUUAUGUUUUCCCCUUUUCUAUUUCUAUAUUGCAUCCUGGAUUUUUAAAAAGUGGUGAUAUAACAUUGUUUUGAUUAUACACACUUCUCUGUCUUAGGAAGAUUGGUGGCUAGGAAAGUGACUUGUAAUAAGCUGGGCGACCAACUUAUCACUUGAUGGCACUCUUAAAGAGCUUUAAUACUUCAUGGUACAGGACCUGGUCUCCUUCGUGCUUAUUCUACUUGGGGCCCUUUGUGACUGGGUCCAUUCUUGUUUAUAAAAUAUUAGUGUUUUUUUUUAUAGGUAAUGCUUGUUUUAUCAGUCUCAUGAAAUCAGAUCCUCUGAUGGCUUUAAGUAUACAUCUCUAUGUGGAAACAGGAGAGAAGCAAUUUAAAAUUUAGAAAAGCUGUAAAGAAGAUUCCCUCUACACUCAGAAGUGUAAUAUAAAUUACCUUGAAAACCAAAAAAAGUGACCAGAGUUGUCCUCUUUGGUUUUUUACACACACGCACAAAACUUGAGUCUCAAGAUGUGUUGUUUUAGUCAAAUAAUUUUAAUUUGUUUUCCUCAGUAAAACUAUUAUAAGAAAUAGAAAUCCAGUGUAUAUCCUUCAGUACGAUGUGCUUGUGCCUUUUGUGUAUAGUAAGAGUUGUGAGUAGUCCUUUGUGUCACACCUAAAGAAUAGAUGGGGAUAGCAUCCUAGCAAAUGAAAUUCAUACCUCCCAGCAACUCUUAGCCACCAUUUGUUUAUGACCUGCCCAGAACUUGUUUUAGAUGGGGUGAAUGAGAAGUCAUAUGUAACGUCAUUUAUUAGUCUAUAGUACAAAAACCACGUCUAAACAUCUUUAGACUUUGCGGCAAGACAACGUAAGUUCACUAUGUGAUAAAAAUAUAUAAAUUUGACAUCCCUUCUUCCAUGAAUAUUAGUUGGUAGACUUGAUGUAAAAAAUGUACUUAAAAAUUUUUUUUCAUUAGUACAUGUUUGCAGUACAUAAUGUUUACAUUCCUUGUGUGGAGUUGAUUCAGGUACAUAUGAAAAAAAUCAAAUUAAAAGUAAAGAGUAAAAUAAAAGAUAAUAGUAAGGAAAUAGAGCUAUUUCCCAUUAGGUUCUAGUCAUUUCUUCUGACUUAAUGCCACCAGAUUAUUUUGUUGCCAGAAUUUACUAAAUUUGAAUAAAGAUGAACAGUAUUCAUUUUGGAUGCAUCCGUAAGUAUACCAGUACUGUAUUCUAGAAACUGCAUAAAAAUGAAUUAUUUCUGCAGCUUCCUGGCCUUCUCCAGUAUUUUGUUGGUUUUAUUCACAUUUGCUUUUCCUUUUUCAAACUUGGAGGCACAAUUUCAGUCAUUGAAAAAUCAAUGCAUAUUUUGUUUCAAGAUACUUGAAACAAAAAGCACAGCUGCUAAACUUCUGUUAAACCGUAUAUGAAUGUGUAAAGCACAUGUAUUAAUGCACCUAUGUCCUUUCAGGUGGGAAUGGAGUAAACCAGUUGCUUUAUUGUUUUUAUUCAUCACCGAAAAUAUACUUAUUCCCAAGUCAUGUACCUGUGUAAAGCUUUAAGAGAAAUGUUUUCAGUAAUUUUCAUUUUCCCAAAGAAACUUAAUAUUUUGUGUAAUUGUGUGACCUGAUUGCUUUUCCUUGGAGCUUGGUUUCUUUUUUUAUGAGGCAAAUUUUCUGAAAUGAUGCAUAUUUUAACACUUGAUUCAUAUUGCCACUGUGCUGUCCUUGAACUGCCAAUGAUUUUAAUAAAAUAUCUAGUUUUUACUAUUUUUAUAUAUUUUACUUUACAGAAGAGCUGAGCCUGAUUCAAAUCAUUUUUCUAGUUUUGUACUUUUUAGUUGUUUUUUCAUUUUAGAGAUUUUUUUAAUUUUUUGUUUUGUAGUAUAUUUAUAUGUCUGAUUAUAUCAGAUUAUAUAUAUACUUGCAUACACACACACAAACACAGCACACAGCCUUGGAGACAAUCAAAUAACAACCGAAAAUGUGAAGGUAUAUAACAAUUUUUGACAAAUUUCCCUUGAAUGUUUAUUCUUUGCUUGAAACAUUUAAGACUUCAGUCACUGUGGUUUAUUUUAUUUUUCCCCUGACAGUAGUUACAGAAAUAGAAUCAGAAGUGAUUGGCAAGCGUGACCACUAUAGGUUUCAUAGAGUUAUGCUGACUUGGCCUGUUACUUGAUUCUAGGAACCAGCACAGUUAAUGAUAUUGUUAUUUCUGAUUUAUCUUUUAUUAAACGCUGUAAACCUAAAUGGAUCCUGUUGUAAGUGCCAGGUCUAGUCCAGGUAUUUAAGUUCAUGUUUCACUAUUUGCACUUUGCAUUAAGCAGUGGAUUCAUUCGCUGAUAAAAGUGGUCCAAGCAGAGAAUUUAUGCAGAAUUAAAAGUCCAUUAUGUUUACCUUUCUCCCCUCACCCAGGGGCAAGAAGCAGAAUAUGAGCUCAUUUAAUAUGAAUAUGGCCUCAAAGCUUUAGAAAGUGAUAAAGCUGUGCUUCUUUGCCUUGGUUCUACAUUGUCAUCUGGAGAGGAGAAGGGCUAUUAGAAACACCGUGUCCAACGAGACGAAGAACCAAUACAUUAUGUGGAACAUUGAAAGCUUUUCGGUUAACCCCUACCAAGACAAAUGACCAGCCUCUGCCCAGGAAAAUAGUUAUUAGCUCUGCCUUUGGUUUUCAACUUGAAGUUGCUGAAUUGCAAACAAUCCAAGUAAGAGUUGGGUGGUUAUUGAAAUACUUUUAGGCCAACUCUUGUACCAAUUCUCAUUUAAUCCAACUUGUGACUGGUUUUCUUUUUGGUACUGGGAAAAGUGUAAACAGAACAUGUAUUGAAAUACAUAUUGAAAGUAAAAAUGUUUGGGUGUCAGUUGUAUUCUCCUAGAAUGUACUUUUCUUACCUCGGCAUGUACUGUAGUCACUCAGUAUUUGUAUAUGUUGCUAGAAUUUUACAUUGUAUAGUAAGAUUUUAUUGUGUUCAUGUUUUUUAAAAAUUGUGUAUAUGUGUCUUGCUCAGAUUAUUUGGCUUAAAUAAACCACCCUUGAAGUUUGUA